AUGGCAGCCCCAUCGUCGUCGUCGUCGUCUCCGUCGCUCCAAACUCGUCUCCGUCGCGGCGACGUCCCCUGUCGCGGCGUCAACCUCGGGGGCUGGCUAGUGGCCGAGCACUGGAUGACGUGGGACGCCUGUGUGUGGCGCGACGUCCCGGACGCGAUCAAAGCGCAGGGCGAGUUCGCGACGAUGAAGUUCUUGGGCCACGUAGAGGGCGACCGGCGGUUCGACGAGCACCGGCGGACGUGGAUCACCGAGUCGGACAUUGCGGAGAUCAAGCGCUGUGGACUGAACGUCGUGCGCGUGCCCGUGGGGUACUGGAUCAUGGGCGACGACCCCACGGACGUGUCGCACCAACAAGAGUGGACAGUCUUUGCCCCGCACGCGUUGCAGUACUUGGACCAGUUGGUGAACCAGUGGUGCGUCAAGCACGACGUGCCCGUGAUCGUGGACAUUCAUGCCGCAAAAGGCUCGCAGAACGGUCGCGACCAUAGUGCUGCACCCACGAGUGGCGUCCCGUACUGGGGACAGUACCCGGAAAAUGUCGACAACACAGUGCAUUUGGCCAAGUUCUUGGCGGCGCGGUACCGUUACUGCCCAUCGUUUGUUGGCAUUGGACUGCUGAAUGAACCGGAGCACCCGACGGACCAGCACGUGCUUCGAUCUUACUACGAACGCGCGUACGCGGAGAUUCGGGCGACGGGCAACGACUGCGUGCUGACGAUUGCGCCGCUGUUGACCGAGCAGAGACCGCCAUGUAUGCAAGACUUUAUGCGCUUUCCAGCAUUUGUGAACGUGUGGCACGAAUGGCACCCGUAUUUUCUAUGGGGAUACGAGGGCCAGAGUCGGAAGCAAGUUUUACAAGCUGUCCGCCGCUACGGUGACCAGGUCGCUUCGUGGAGCGGCAAUUGGCUGCUUAUUGACGAGUGGAGCUUGGGUGCCCAGAGCUGUGCGUUCCCAAGUGAAGACCGCCAUGGACUUCGACAGUUUGCAUCGGCACAGCUGAAAGCGUUCAGCAAAGCUCACGCGGGAUGGAUCUUUUGGUCGUGGCGCCACUCGGACGACGGACACAACCGACCAACGGGCUGGUCGAUGAGGCAAUUGCUGCGCGAAGGUGUCAUGAGACUGGAGUAA